CAUUGAUUCCCGUGCAGCCCUGUUUUCCUAUCCUUAGACAACUUCUUCCUGUUUCACAAGCUAGUAUUCCCAAACGACACCAUGGCUUCUCUUCCUAAGACGAUGAAGGCUCUCAGAUAUGAGAAGCCGGAAGUGUGGGAUAUCGUUAAUGUCCCUCUUCCUACUCUUCGACCUGGUGAUGUUCUCAUCAAAGUCAAAGCCUGCGGAGUCUGCGGCACCGAUCUGCAUAUCCACGAAGGAGAAUUCAUUGCUGAAUUCCCUCUUAUCCCCGGACACGAGACAAUUGGCGAAGUCGUCGGAUUCUCGGACGAUGUAAAGGGCUUCAAGAUUGGUGAUCGUGUUGCUGCUGAUAACUCAGAACUUUGCGGCCAUUGCUUCUACUGCCGGAGAGGUGAAGAGUUGCUUUGCGAAGACUUCAAGGCUCACGGUGUGCUCGGUCUCGAUGGUGGAUUCGCCGAAUACUGCUCAUAUCCACAAGGUCGUUUGUUUAAGAUCGAAAACUUGAGCGACGUCGAUGCGACAUUAAUCGAGCCCGCUUCCUGCGCUAUGCAUGGUUUGGAGAAGAUCGCACCGAAACCUGGUUCACACGCCCUCCUCAUCGGUGCUGGCCCUACUGGUCUUAUGAUGGCUCAGUUUUUGAAACACAGUGGUGUCUCUCGCCUUACCAUCGCCGCCCCCGGUGGUCCCAAGAUGGACCUUGCCAAGUCAUUAGACGCUGCCGAUUACUAUGUUGCUCUUGAUCGGAAGGACGCCACCCCACAGUGGGAACAGAUCAAGAAGGACAACCCCUAUGGCUUCGAUAUUGUUGUCGAGGCUUCCGGAAGUGCUAAGGUCCUCGAGGACGCUAUCAACUAUGUCCGCCGUGGUGGUAAGCUUGUGUGCUAUGGUGUAUACCCAAGUGCAGCUCGUGUGUCAUGGCCUCCAUCCAAGAUCUUCGGUGAUGAAAUCACCAUCAUCGGCUCGUUCUCGGAGACGUUUAUGUUCCCAGCCACCGUUGACUACCUCGACAGCGGCAAAGUCAAGACGAAGGGCAUCGUUAACAAGACGUUCAAGCUUGAGCAGUGGGGCGAAGCUCUCGAGAGCAUCCGAAACAAGUCUGCCAUUAAGGCUGCCAUUGUCUUCGACUAAAGAGAGAGAAGGGUUGGUGAAACGUUACAGUACGACUAUUGAGCAAGGAUGAAAAAGAGAUCCCAGCGCAUACGCGGAGAGGAAGCCUCAAGACUCACAUCAACAAGGCGGAGUUGAUUGGAUAUCAAGUGGCAUAGAAGGCGGAAGAUGUAUACCUAUUUUUUCCCUGCAUUAAGCGAAACAAAACCUAUACGACAUCAAUAGAUAAUCGAGUAGUAUUUCCAAACCUGAUGUGGAGUGACGUUGGUUUAAGACGU